CUUUCCAGUAAUUGUAGACUCUACUUGCUUUAAUUCGUACUAUACUCCAUGCCAGUUAUACCAAGGAGCACCCAUGUGGCAGUUGUUGUGCCUAGUCUUUACGAUACAUCGUCGGUGCCUUGGAUGACGUCAGUCUCUCCAACGAGUUGCAGCAUACGGACAAUUUCAGAGAAUCAUUUGCCGACAGCGGAUGGCACCACACAGCACGGCCGUCUCUAUACUAGGGCCAUUUCCAGCGGUACAGAAAGCCAGGCGACAGCAAAUGUUGCAAGCGGCAGUCGUGGCGGCACGCAGGGCAUGUCGACAGCCAGUGUGAUUGGUUUAGUAACUGGGAGUUUGGGAAUAUUCAUCAUGUUCACUUUCUACAUAUUGCGCAGGGCGUAUCGGAGACUUCAUCUGAAUCAUCAAAACAUGCCUGUCUUCAGCAACUACACGGCGCCCCGGCCUCAGGGAUGGAGGAAGCCCCGGCUGCGCACUUUGACAGACGACCAGUUCAAACGUCUUAUUUCCUCGUCAGCCAUGAACAGCACAGGCGGGAUUGAGAUUGUUGUGCAAAAAGCAGAGCAAGAUGUCUGUGCAAUAUGCCUUGCAGAGAUCGAGGAUGAUGAGAAACUUUUGAAACUGCCGUGCAAACACAAAUAUCACCAGGAUUGUAUCCAGAUAUGGCUGACUGAAAAGUCGGAGCGGUGCCCUUUAUGCAAGAAGUCUGUGCUAGAUGCCCUUGGGACUCCAGCCAUCGAUCCAGCAAGCGUCAAUCCAAGCACUCUCCAGUCACCACCAAGAGCGGUUGUCCCUAUGCUGUAACACAGGAAAUAGCACAUAUUCCAAAUAGGUCAGAUGAAUUGCGUGUUUUCUGCGAC